CCCAGGAGAUUUUGCACCAUGUGCAUCGUUAGUGUGGAUGUUCCGAUAGCUGAUCGGCAGCCUAUAGGCGACCCAACAUGUCUUUUGACGUCACACGCCAACUUUUCAGAUAUAUAUAUGCGCGCAGGGCGGUUUGGAAGUUUCUGUCUUUCUGCACACAGGGCUGGAAAGUGGGAGCCGUAGCCAGGUACAAGCCACAGACAGGAGGAAAUGAAAUCGUAUUUUAUGGGUCAGGUAUUUUGGGAAUAUGCCUGCGGCGCGCCACGUGCGUAAUGACGAGUCUACCUCUAAAUAGGAGAAUUAAGGCGUCGAGGUUUUUUGAAGAGAAAGAGAGCAUGUCAGUAUAGUUUAUCCUGAGGGGGGCUGUGGAACAGGGAUUACUCACUCCUCACAGCAACACCGGCACAUCUGUGCGCGUCUAUGUCACCACCGGACGGGUCUCCAAGUCCAUGGAUAAAAAAGAACAGGCGGCAGCAGAAUGGUUGUUGUGGGAGCAAGUAACGGAACUUUCGGUGGUGGCAACAUGAGGUCGUCGUUCAUGAUAGAGGAUCGAGUCGGUGGCAGGGAUCCCGGGGACUCCACCAACAUGAUGAUCUCGGAAGCUCUUGCGCCCCGACUGCUGAAGAUUGCGCAGGGCGCCGCAGAGGCUGCGGCAGCAGCGGCAGCAGCCACUUCUCCGUCCACCUCCAGUCAGCCGCAGGUCAUGGAGACGAACGGGACCCGGUGCGGCGAGCAGAUCCUGAGCUACGGCCGGGUGGAGAAGGUCCUGAUCGGUGGGGUCCUCACCAUGCUCACGCUGUCCACCAUCUGCGGGAACUUACUGGUGGUCAUCUCCGUGUGCUUCGUCAAGAAGCUGCGCCAACCGUCCAACUACCUGAUCGUGUCUCUGGCCGUGGCGGACCUGUCGGUGGCUCUGGCCGUGAUGCCGUUCGUCUCCAUCACGGACCUGAUCGGGGGUCAGUGGAUAUUCGGACAGUUCUUCUGUAACGUUUUUAUCGCCAUGGAUGUGAUGUGCUGCACCGCGUCCAUUAUGACUCUGUGCGUAAUAAGCAUUGACAGGUAUUUGGGCAUCACCAAACCCCUGACGUAUCCGGUCCGUCAGAACGGCUGCUGCAUGGCCAAGAUGAUCCUGUCAGUGUGGCUGCUCUCUGCCUCCAUCACCCUCCCUCCUCUGUUCGGCUGGGCGCAGAACGUCAAUGACGGCCGGGUCUGCCUCAUCAGCCAGGACUUCGGCUACACCGUGUACUCAACGGCCGUGGCCUUCUACAUCCCCAUGUCGGUGAUGCUCAUCAUGUACUACAGGAUCUACCGGGCGGCCAAACUCAGCGCCGCCAAGCACACCAUCACCGGCUUCCCCAGAGAGCGGGAGCACCGAGCAGGGGCGGCUCCGCGAGGGGGCCGAGGGGUGCCGGACGCCCAGCAGCCUGCGGAGUCUGGGGAGACGGGAAGCGUGGAGGGGACGGAGGUGGACCAGGAGGCCGAGGAGGAAGAGGAGGAGAGUUUGGACUGCGUGGCGGCGGCACUGAAGCUCCAGCGGGAGGUGGAGGAGGAGUGCAGCACCCGAGUGUCCCGCCUCCUCAAGACCGGCGAGCACCACCAGCGCCGGAAGAGGAAAAACCAGUCAAUCUUCAAGCGGGAGCAGAAGGCCGCUGCCACGCUGGGCAUCGUCGUCGGUGCUUUCAGCUUCUGCUGGCUGCCGUUCUUCCUGGUGUCCACCGCCAGGCCGUUCGUCUGCGGCGUGGAGUGCAGCUGCGUGCCGCUGUGGCUGGAGAGGACGCUGUUGUGGCUCGGCUAUGCCAACUCCCUCAUCAACCCCUUCAUUUAUGCGUUUUUCAACCGCGAUCUGAGGACCACCUACAGUAACCUCCUGCGGUGCCGCUACAGGAACAUCAAUCGGAAGCUGUCGGCGGUUGGCAUGCACGAGGCUCUGAAACUGGUGGAGAAGCCAGAUGCUGAAGUGUAGAGCUGCAGGUUCUGCCAAUCGACCAACGGGGGGGAGGAAGACUGUGGCACACUGCCAUCACGCUGCCGGACUGGUUAUUUCCCCAAACUUGUGAAGCCAGAAGAGGCAGGAUGCUGUGAUUAGAUGGAUCCACAUGAAGGCGCACAGAUGAGGUUUUAUUCUGGGAGAUUGAUAAAAGAAGAAAAAGAGGAAAAGUUGAGCUGUGUGUGUUGCAGAUUGAUGAAAAACAACUGAAUGAUUCUUCAGCGCAUCGUGAAGUCCAACAAUUGUAACCACGGUCGCUGUCUUGGAGCAUUCAGAGCUCUGUUUUGCACAUGGCGUCGCUGCAAAAGCUACCGGAGCUCUUCGACUUUGUUCUAAGCUGCUGUCGUGGGUGGAAAUAACUCUUUUAAUUCCAAUUUGAGCCAAGGAAAACUUGCCCUCACAAACAAACCUGGAGGAGCUUAAGCGGCCCACGAGGCUAAAACACCAAAUGUAUUCACCUUGGGUCCUUGGUCAGCACAGCGACACUGUUUUUCACUGCUUCUAAAUGUGGACAACAACAAGUGGACAAAAUAGGAUUAAAACUCCACUGACAUGUAAAAAAUAAUGUACACAAGUCUGUUUCUGGGACAAACUGUUCCAAUGUGUUGGACCUGGUACCAGUUUCUGAUUUCACUACAUCCCUUUUCCUUCUGCUCAAGUCACGGCUGCCCCCUUUAUGUUGAGAAUCAGUUUACAGGAUGAUCAUUUUUGUGAUGAACAAACGAGCAUUUUUAGAAUCUAUGAUUGUGUAGGAGUCAACGAGCUGGAGAUAAAGACCUGAAAAGAUCAUUUAGGACACUUUCUGAAUGUGUCUGUGCCUUGUCCUGCGUCACCGAUUAGGGCCAAGAGUCUCCUUUCAAACUAUGCAUGACGUGUUUUGGGUUUAACAAAGUGCGGGAAAGAGCUACGGAGGAUUUUAAGCUACUUCCUGGUGAUCUUUCUUAUUUCUACUGACACAACAUGCAUUGUUGCUUCAUCAACAACCCCCAAACCCCAAACUUAUGAAUGAAAAACUGGCUAAAGUGGUGAAUUUAAACAUUAGAGGAGCUGGCACCUGCAAACGCUCCUGAAAAAUGGUUUAAAAUCUUCACUACUUUCUACAGGAAUAAAUAAAACUUUCUUAAUAUUAUUUAUGAAAUGUUAAAUACUACAAAUUCAGGUUAAUCUCCAUCAUCAGGACAUUCUAUGUUAAUUAGAUUUGGUUGUUUGACUUGACUUUUGCCUCUUUUGAUUCCAAAGGUGCACAAAAAUCCUCUUUAGACUGUCAACAGCCCCAAAAACCCUAAAAUAAUUUAAAUAAUGCUAAUUAAAAAGUGGAUAAAAUUACUUUUUUGGCAUUAGAGAAGCUGGCACCUGCAAAAUGCACCUGAAAAAAUGGUUUCAAAUCUUCAAUAUGUUCUACAGGAUUAAAUAAAUCUUCCUAAUUAUUAUUUAUUAAAUAUUCAACACUGAAAAAUAGUUAAUCUGCUUCAUCACGAUGAUCUGGGUCAAUCAGAUUUGACUGAUUGAUUGGAUUUUUGCCCGUUUUGCCUCAAACAACGCACAAAACUAAGAUCACAAUGACACAACAGUGACACAGCAGACAUUAUUGUCAAAAAUAAUGAAUUAACGCUAAUAAAGAACUGGAUAAAGUGGCUAAUUCAUUCAUUGGAGAAGCUGGGACCUACAAAAUGCACCUGUAAAAAAGGUUUUAAAUCGUCAACAUUUUUCUACAGCAUUAAGCAACCACACUGAGACACAACAUUGUUAUUUAUUACAGUUUAACAAUAAAAAUUUAUGUGGAUCUGCUUCAUCAGGACACUCUGGGUUAAUUAGAUUUGAUUAACUGAUUAGAUUUUGUACAUUUUGAUUCAAAUGAUGCACAAAAACCUGCUUUAAAUUGGGGAGCAAAUAAAAUGGGAAAGAAAUUCUCCAAAAUCACAAACAUAUUUGUCAUUUAGAAAUCUUUUUCAAUGACAUAACAUUGAUUGUUGCCUCAUCAGCCCCCAAGCCCUAAAAUUCUGAAUUAACACAAAGUGGCUAAUUUUGGCAGAGAAGAAGCUGGUACCUGCAGAUGCACCUAAAUAAAUGGUUUACAGCAUUAAGCAAUCACAAAAAAACACAUGAAUUGUUAUUUAUUUAGUGUUUAACUCUUAAAAUAUAAGUGAAUCUCCUUCAUCAAGACACUUUGGGUUAGUUAGAUUUCAUUGAUUUGAUUUUGGCCCCUCAAAUGGUGCAUAAAAAUAAUAAAAAAAAGGGAAAAAAUCUAAAUUUUUGUAAAUUUGUUCUCUUUUCAGUGACACAACCCCAAACCAAAAACAAUAAUGCACCAUGACUGAUAUAAAACAGAAUAAAGCUGCUAAUUUUGGCAUUAGAGAAACUUGUAGCUGCUAAUGGAGCUAAAAACUUGGUUUCAAAUCCUCAGUUUUCUUUCUACCGCCUUAAAUAAUCAUGACAAAACUGCUCUUCAUUAUUUACUGCUUAAAUCUAAAAAAUGUACAUUAAUCUGCUUCAACAGGACACUGGGUUUAUUAGAUUUUUGUCCUUUUUGACUGAAAUUAUGCACAAAAAUCCCCCUUUUCCAAAGCAAAUAAACUGAAAAAGUUACAAAAAAAUGUCAAUCAGUCCUCUAUUGAUUGUUUACUCAUGGAAGCAUUUAGGUUAAUUAUUUGACUUCCGGUGUGUUGAUGAAAUUAUAUUGAUCACCUCUUCACCCGCUGCUGCUGUUAUUGAGUUUUACGUGAUGGCAGAUGCUCAUUACAGCAGCGAAGGAUCUAACGUGGACGUCUCUGGGGAAGUUAAGGCCUGGAGAAGGAAUCUGAUUUGGAUUUAAGAGAGCACAUUUCACUGCUGCACUUCCCUCAGAGAUCAGGAGAUCACUGUAAAGCACAGGUUUAAGCUGUGGUGGAGUAAACCGGAGCAGGUUAUUGUAUAUCUUCUUUUCCUUUCGGCUUUUCCCUUCAGGGGUCGCCACAGCGAAUCAAAUGCCUCCAUCUAACCCUGUCUUCUGCAUCCUCUUCUGUCACACCAACUACCUUCAUGUCCUCUUUAACCACAUCCAUAAACCUCCUCUUUGGUUUUCCUCUAGGCCUCCUGCCUGGCAGUGGGAAAAUCAGCAUCCCUCUACCAGGUUAGCAGGAGCAGGUUAUUGUAUUUGCACUAGGGUUAUAACUUUUUGAACUUUUUAUUUUCCAAAAUCAAAGUCCUGCAUCAUGAUUGGAUGAACUUUUUGGUAUAAUUGAAGAACCCAAACUCCAUUUUCAACACCCCCGAAACAAAAAACUGUUAAAUAAACAUUACAGCCAAUGAUAUGAAAUGCGAAACCGUGCUAAGUUAUCACAAGGGCCAUUACAAGUCAAUAUGACUGAGAAUGGACCAAUGAUAAGUUGUACUGCCAUCAUAAUAUACUGGAGUAUCAGUUUCUAUUCUUGCUUUCACGUUAUAAGCCAUGUAAAUUUGGGGAAAUCUCUCUCCUUUAGUAGUGCUAUAUUGUAGCCUUCAGCUUUCCCAGAAUCCUGGAGCUUCAGUUUCACUGUAUAAGCCAUGUAGAGUCUACAUGGCUUAUACAGCUUAUACAACGAAUAAAACGACAAAAACAAGACAAAAAGUUAAACGAGACAAGUGAGACCAAAACCAACAAAAAACAACACAAAAUGACUAAAACAAGACAAAAAACACAAGCAAGACGAGACAAAACAAAAAACAGAAUAAUUUGACAGAAUAAUUACAAAGCGAGAAAAAAAUGGACAAACAGCGAAAACGAGACAAAAAAUUACACAAAUGACACAAACAAGACCAAAAGUGACAAGCAAGAAACAAAAUGACAAAAAGUAGACAACACAAGUGAGACAAAAAAAACACAAAAUAAUGCAAACAUUACACAAAACAACGAAUAAAGCAAAACACAUAAUGACAAAAAUGAGACAAAAAAGGAAAGAAAACAACAAAACUGAGACAAAUGUCAAAAGUCAGACAAAAAGCAACAAAAACAAAACAAAAUAUUACAAAAAUGAGACACAUAAUGACAAAAGAACAAUGAGCACUCUAGUACUUUUUGAUGAGAACAACUUGUCAUGCUCUAGAAAUGAUUUACAAUUUACAGGUUGCAGUUAAUGUCUUCUCUUUAAUUUUUACACUUUACAAAGUCAUCCUGCGAGCCAGAUUGGACCCUCUGGUGGGUCGGUUUUGGCCCGAAGAACGCAUGUUUGACACCCCUGACGGAGAUGCCUACAAGUUUGCCAAAAUGAAAUGCUGGCGUUGGCUUUGAUCGCUGCAAAACCACACAAAUUAAACAAGAAAACUUUAUAAUUUCAUCCGGUAUGUGUGAGUGUGGAGGAUCUGUGGGAGCAAAACCUCUUUAAGAAAGUCAUCUUCUGCUGUCAGAGUUUACGCUUCUGCAGAGUCAGAAAGAAUUCGUUGAGAUCCGCUGAACUGGGCUCGCUCUGGGCUCGCUGCCGUCGUGGCUCAGCUCCAUUUCCUGUCAUAAAGAUAGGGAGGACAGCUGCCAGGGGAUAUGAGCAGGACUGCAUGUUUCAAAAAGAGCAUCCCGAAGCUCAAACUGAACCGAUAUCACGUGAAAUGUGCUCGAGAACCAAAGGUACUGUUAACCUGACAGAAUGUCUGGAAGAUGCUGUGACUCUGGUGGAAAUAGAGCAAAAGAGAACAUGUUGGGAACGAGACAGAAAAGAGGAAAGAUGUGUUAAAUAGAAGGUAGAAAAGCACCUAAACUGGCAUUCAGUCGCCGUCUGUCAGCUGUCAGUGCAGCCGAAUGCUUCCUCCCACUGAAAGGAGUCGUAUUUAAAAGCUUUUUUCCCUCCGAGCUGCACUUUUCAAGCCUGAGCGACCCCUAAAACACUGGAGGUGGUCAGAUGCAAGUAUCAGAUCUAACCGGUCACCUUAGCGGAUAACGGCGCUAAAAUAAACAGCAGCAGAAUCUCUGUCUCUUUUUAAGUUUUGUUUAACCUUUACUGUUUUUUAAAUGUUAUUUGAUGACUCAAAGAUAUACCAAUUACUCAAAAAUUGAGCUUUUUUAAUUGACAAAACACUCAAAAUAGACCAAUUUUUGUUCUUUUCAAUCAAAUAUUGUCUUUUUUUCUGCAUCUUUUCUUGUGAUUGAUGUUUACUUCUUGUGAAAUGCUGAAAAAACAUUAAACCUAAGAGGGCAAAAAUCGAUUUGUGGUUACACCUUUAGCAAGAUGUUACAGAUAAGAGUCAGAAACCAGUGAGAAAAUGUUGAUGAGAUCAGUGUCAGUGUCACGUCAACCAAAAAUAUAAUUAUCCACAGACCUGACAGCUGCCAAACAGAAGACACCACGAGGUUUUGUUCGCAUAAAUCCUUUAUCUGACCUGAAAACGCUCUCAGAAAACGACUCGAGAUGUGAAGAGAAAAUUGGUUGAAGAAUGGGAAGUGAUCCUUUUUCUAAUAGAUACUCGUGUAAUUUCGUGCCAAUUUCGUGCCAAGAGGGCGUCCUAAUCAUGAGCUACUUAUGACCCGGAGAAGUCGAGCUCUUGAGCAUUUAACCACCUUUUCAUAAUAUAAAGUACCUGAACCAAAGGGGAUGUUGCUCGCUGAGAUUAUACGCCGCUGAUUUUGCAGGACCUCGCUGCCGUCAUCAAACACAACAAAGAGGGGCGACACUGCUUUUUUUAGCCGCUGUUUACUGACAUGUAUAUAUGGUGUGAAACUGAUGUACAUAUAUUAUGAUGACAUUAAAAAAAAGAGAAAGGACUCCGUUGCUCCCCGGUGACCACAACAGCUGGGCUUAACGUCCCAUUAAGCCCAGCAGGAGAAGUUUUAUGGGAUUAAUCUGCACACAUGUGAUGCGUCUUUGGCCAAUCAAACGGCUGGCUUCCUUGUAUAUCAGCACAUUCACGUGGAAAAGACAGUAAAAACAUGUCGUUCUCGUCAGGGUGUUGGUGCAUUCUUACGUUUUUACUUGAACUGCAGGACCUUUUAUAAGCAUCGACCAUGAAGCUUAGUACUGAAACCAUGAAGUAAGAUCUAUGUGAAGCAGUGAAAUGGAAUUUAAGAAGAACAACGUAGUGAUGGAAGCAAAGCUGCUUAAAAUGUAAAUAUAUUUGAAAGUCUGUACAGUUUUAUCAGGGUGCUGAGUGAUGAGCGAAUGUUUGCUCGAAUGAAUCAUUAAAAAAACACUUAAACAUGAAA